AUGACCAAGAGUGAAUUUUAUGACAUGUAUGGAUCCGGCUUCGAUUCGCUCUGUAUCGGCAGCGAGCGAGAUCCAAGAAAGCAUGCGCAAAUGAAAAAGUCACUGUCAGCCGCAUUUUCAACCAAGGCACUGGUGCAGCAAGAGGACAUCGUUAGACGGUGUGUGGAUGGCUUUGUCCAGCGUCUUGGAGCGGAUGGCGCAUGCGAAAAGGGACUCAACAUGACAAAAUGGUUUGAGAUGAUCGCAUUUGACAUCCUGGGUGAGAUGGCGUUUGGAGAAACCUUUCACUGCAUCGAGAAUGAAGACUUCUUGACAAAUAUCUCGGAAAAGGUCAAGAGUGGCGAAGUAAGCCAGGAAGAAAUGACUGCCCACGCAUCCACCUUAGUCAUUGCCGGUGGAGAGACAGUCGCCACGUUUCUAGCUGCGGUCACCUAUUUGCUCCUCAAGAACCCUUCGACAUAUAGUAGGCUGCAGAAGGAGAUCCGUGACCGUUACAAGAAUGCCGAUGAGAUCACGGCCAUGUCUGCACAGCAACUACCAUACCUGCAAGCGGUCAUCUCCGAAGGCCUAAGGAUAUACCCGCCUGGGUCACAAGGAUUUCCGCGCACCUGCCCCGGUGCCACAAUUGACGGACACUGGGUACCACAGGGGGUCGAGGUUUAUACGAGUGCAUGGACCGUCACUCACGACGAGAACUAUUUUCAUGACCCAUACGAGUUCAAGCCAGAACGUUGGCUUGAUCCGGCUCGCAAAGACAAUCUCGAAGCGAGUCAGCCAUUCUCCCUGGGCCUGCGUGGCUGCCUUGGGAAGAACUUUGCUCUGGUUGAGAUUAACCUGAUAAUGACGAAAAUGCACUUCGCCUGCGACAUGGAGCUUCAGGAUGCGAAUUUGGACUGGUUCCAGCAGAGCCGAAUGCAUGUGAUGUGGAGUAAACCGGCCAUGCAUGUGAAGUUCUUGCCUGCAAGGAAGUAG